AUGGCGGCUUGGAUUGAAGAGUUAUUUCCUCCGAAAUUUAAAGUAAACGACUUCUUUCGCGAUGAUGGAACAAGGCCAACCCGUGCUCGGUUAAACGAGAGUUUUCAGGAGGUAUACGAAAAGGUUUUUGAAGAAAUACUCUCGACUAGUAAGGAGAAGGACAAAUCAGAACACAGACACGAUUCACAAGAAGAUGCUUCUGGAGGACAGGAGGGUAAUUUUACAGAAGCAAAUCGAGAUCAUAACGAAGAAGAAAACGGUUCUGAGGACAUCCAGGAUAAGUGCAUAUGGAACGCCGACGAACUAAAGAUUCUUCGUAAGUUUUUAAAACGUUCGAAAUUGCACAAUAUUCGCUUGAGCGUCCUCGCACAAGCGUUGCAAAAAGACUGCGAGCGCUUGAGAAAAACAUGCGAAGAACAAGCAAGCGAAAUUAUGAAAUUGAACAGGAAGUAUAGCGAUGUUAGAAAGCAGAACAAAGCGAUGAAAAUAGCUUGCAAGGCUUUCAAAGAAGAUGCGAAGAGCUCGCAAGAAAACUUUGAGAUUUGUCAGGAUCGAAUGGAGAAGGCCAUCGAGGACAGAAAGUCAGCAGAACUUGAACUGGCGAGAAUCAAACACGAAUUGGAGAAAGUUGGGAAACAAAACAAGGUUUUGCAGUUGGAAUUAGAAAAGCAAAAAGCCUUGGAGAGGAGACUUUUAGAGAAUCAAAAUGUUGCUCUACGAUCACUCCAUGAAAAGGAAAUCACCGAUCUUCUUGAAAGGUUGGAAACAAGCGAGGCUUGCCUUGAGAAGGAAAGGAACGAGCAUGCAAUAACUAAAAAGGCUUUAGUACAUUUGAGGUUGCACUUCGCAGCCGAAGAGACCUAGUGGUAGUAAAUUUGAAUUUCUAAUGAGAAAAUAUACUUUUCUUAAAUGUAGUUUAAUGGCUUCUCACUGGCCCGGAGCUUUCGCGGGGACUGUUUACUCGCGAAAAAUUUACACGACUUCAAAAUCGUUUAGCAUAACCACCAGCAGCCCAACAGCAAAUGGUUUAUUUGAACAAAGCGACCGCUAAUUGAUGAAAUUACAUUGACACAUAUGUGAUUUAUUUACUUUUCAAUAUACUCAAAUUAAUCCGAUGGCACAAAACGGGCGAGCUGCGUCCUCUGACAAUGUUCAGCCAAUCCAGGUGAUC